CACAUCCUGCUUGUUAAUAUUAAUAAGAAGAGGUCAGGGCGCCUCUGAUUGGCUCCCGAUCACAGUUUCCAGGACAACCGAAACAAAACGAACAGUUUCAGACUACAGAAGGGAACAAGCCCUUUAGUUAUAGACACAUUUUGGGGUGUUCUUUUUCCAUUGAAAAUGGAUGGAAAGGCAGAAAACGAGGUGAAGAAUGUUAAUGUGGUGUCAGAGGCAGAUUCAACCAAUGAGGAUGACAGUUCUGCUGUGACAAUUCAUGAAAAUAAAAAGGAAGAUGUCCAAGCUGAAAUGGUUGCAUCAGAUCGUGAUAAAGAAAACUCUGAAAGUGUGAACCCCACUGAAGAGACCACUGUUGAAGAAGCAGCCACCUCUGAGCCAGAAGGAAACACAAGUGAUUUGGAUGUGAAGACAAAUGACGUCAAUGAACAGCAAACGUCCAAUGAGGAGAGUGUUGUUGUUGAAGUUAACAGCAAUGAUGGCAAUAGAUCUCCCAGUUUGCACCUUGAGACCCCGGAGAGAAAGAACACAAGUCCUACAAAUGGGAAAGACAAGGCUGAAGAAGAGGAAUCCGCUGGUGCUCCUGAAGACCAAGAAGACACCAACUAUGAAAACAUUCAGCCAAAGCAGGAGCAGCGUGAGGACAGAGAUGACACCCGCCAACACCACAGCCAGCUGCAGUUGAAGCUGUCAGAGUUCUUUCAGAAGAAGGCCUGGGAUGACACCCAGCUGGACAGGGAGAUCCCGGUGUCAGAGCAGGAGUAUGAGAAGUACAUUAACAUCCUGACUGAGCUGAAGCAGCAGCUCACCGCGGAUUCCGAGACAGCUCAGCAGCAGGCAGAGGAGUUGAGGUUAAAGUCCCAAGACAGGCUGGACAAGGUGGAAAAUGAAUGGCGAGAGUUGCUGGCACUGAAGCAGGACGUAGCUGUGACAGUACUAAGCCGGCGACUGGGUAAACAAGCUUCUCAGGCCAAAGUUGAGGCAACCUUGGUAAAGGAGAAGCUCUUGCAGCAAGAGCUGAUCAUGCUACGCCGUAAGCACAUCAAGCUGAGGAUCAAGAUUCACCGGCUGGAGGCAGAGCUCCGUGAAGGGGAAGAACGUGCCAGGGACCCGUUACAUGUCCAGUUUGUGCAGCUGCAGGCUGAGAGGCUGGAGCUGAAGAAGCACACCAAAAAGCAAAAGGAGGAAUCUUUAAAGAUGCAGAAAAAGAUCAGCAGCGGCUUGGAGCUCAUGUCAAAUAUCAAGGAGAAGCUGUUCUGGAGCCAGAUGGAGGUCCAAGCCAAGAGAGAGCAGCUGGCCAUGAUGGAGACCACGGUGGCCAGGCAGAGAGACCUCCUUACCAGGACUAGGCAGGUACGCAACGGCCUGCAGAGAGACAACAUGAGGCUCAAGGAGCAACGUGGACUUCUGGGGAACAGUGUCCUGCUGCAGGACUUUGAGGAUACGGUGGAUGUUUCUGACCAGCUGGAGGAACAGCUGGAAGAUCUGAAGUGCCGGCAAGCUGAGAUGGUCUUCAGUUGUGGCAGAUGGAGGAAGAAGCUGGAGACAACUCAAUAAACGAAUGAACUUCAAUUAAGAUUUUUAAGAUGCGAUCAUAAUAAUCAGCCCGAAAAAAGCCAGAUUCAUCAGGUCAAAGCCAUUGCCUGUGGUGUGUGCAGAGAACGAAUAAUACAUAGUUUAUUGGCAAAUUACAGUUGGCCAAAACAAUUAUGCGGGUUGAGAUAUUCUUUUACCACAUUUUGGUAUCUGUGAAAAUAUAAUUGCAUCAUUAGUUGCACUACAGCACAUUACAUUUAGCAGGAAUUAAUAUAAUUGUUCCAACCCACCAUGUACGACCAGAAGCCAAAUCUCACAAAUGAAACCGACCAGGGUCAGGACUACUUUACUAAGGCAGCGAUCACCACUGCCCAAUAUUUUUAUACACUCCAUCUCAGUGAUUCCAAACAGUCGGAAAGAUUAUAAAGAAG